ACAAAGCCCAGAAGUUACCUAUCCACGCACGGUGAGAAGAGAGAGGGGGCGGGAAUGGCGGUCGUGUGGCAGUGGGAGACGAUAUGGCCCCUCGUGGCUUCCUUUAAAAAACAGAUAGCGUCCUUCCUGGCGGCACUGGUGUUUUGGAUCUUCCGCCGGCUAGUGACCUUUCUCCGGCCGACGGCCACCAUUAUCAUCGAAGAGCACGACGCCUCCGCUUCCCCCAGCGACCUCUACGACGCCGCCCAGACGUACCUAGGUUUCCAUUGUCUCGCCUCCGCCCCAGUCGUCACCCUCUACAAGCCCCGCAACUCCGCCCACCCAGUCCCCUCCCUCCCCCCCUCUCACACCGCCUGCGACUCCUUCCACGGCAUUCCCCUUCGCUGGACCUCCCGCGCCGUCGAGACCCCAUCCUCGUCCUCCCCCCACCGCUCCCUCGAGCUAUCUUUCCACCGCCGCCACCGCAACGCCGUCCAUUCCCUGUAUCUUCCCUACGUCUUCGAUGAGGCCGUCCGCCUCCGCCACAAGGCCCACGAGCGCCGCCUUUACACCAACUGCCCGGCCGCCCAAGGCGACGACCACCACCGCCUCUGGUCCUCCGUCCCCUUCGCCCACCCGGCCACCUUCGACACCCUCGCCAUCGACCCCGCCCUCCGCGACGACAUCCGCUCCGACCUCCUCCGCUUCGUCGGCCGCCGCGACCACUACGCCCGCGUCGGCCGUGCCUGGAAGCGCGCGUACCUACUCCACGGCCCGCCAGGGACGGGCAAGACCAGCCUCGUCGCCGCCAUCGCCAACCUCCUCGAGUUCGAUGUAUACGACCUGCAGCUGACAACCGUACCCUCCAACUCCCACCUGCGCCACCUCCUCGUCUCCACUACGCCCAAGUCUGUCGUCGCCGUCUUGGACGUCGAUUGCUUCCUCGACCUCUCCGACCGCAACCGGAACAAGGACGCCCCCCAACCCGAACUCGACCAAACGCCUUCUUGGGCGACAUCGGCAGGGCUAUGGAGCGCCAGCAGGUACGGCGGCAUGGGGGUGGUGAGCCUGUCGGCGGUGCUGAACUUUGUGGACGGGCUGUGGUCGUCGUGCGUGGGGGAGCAGCUGGUGAUCUUCACGACGAACCACCCGGAGCGGCUCGAGCCGGCACUGCUCCGGCCGGGCCAGAUGGACCGGUCCAUCCACCUCUCGUACUGCGGGCCGGCGGCGUUCCGGGUGCUGGCGAAGAACUACCUGGAGUUGGGGGCGAAGGAACUCGAGGAGCUGAUGGCGGAAGCGGAGGCGCUGCUGUUGGAGGUCCAGAUGACGCCGGUGGAUAUCGCGAAGGUGUUUAUGGGCUGCAACUGCGAUCGCACCGAUGCCGUGGUGCGGAAGGUGGUGGAGGAGAUGCGGCGGCGGAAGGCCCUGGUGUUGGCGUCUCGGUCGCCGUGGACUUCAGAUGGCGGGGUGUCCGGCAGGGAAGAUAGAAAAAGCGAGUUUCGACCACCAACUAUUCGUAGGGCGGGAAAUUGGCUCGGGAAGGCCAGAAGCCCAUCUGCCCGGGCCAACUACAGGCUAGGCCAGAAAAAUUUUAGGCCGGAUUUGAGCCCCCGUUUAUUUUUCGGAUCACGCUCGGAUAUAUCAUUAGCCUGACCCAAGCUCAAUUCAAGCCUGAGUCUGAAUAAUGCCCGAUAUGGGGCUCGAGUUCAAGCCUAAAUCUGGCCUGAAAAACUCUUAUUUAUCUAUUUUUUUUCUCCUUAAUAUUUCUCCUUUUUGUACAACCUAUUUGCAUCUAAUGUGUAUUCUAUGGGCUAACACUAUCCAUAAAAUACCCUUUUCUCUUAAAUAUAUCGAUAUUUCUUAUCUACUGAAAUCAUUCAUUCAUGUAAUCAUUUACCCGAUAUAUUUAAUCCAAUUCGGA